AUGGAUCUCGAUAACUACGACGAGUUUGGCAAUUAUAUUGGGCCAGAGUUGGAGGAGUCUGAUGAAUCAGAAGAUGAGGAGGCAGCAAUUGAGGCAUCGGGUGCAGCUGCUGCUGCGGCAGCAGCAGCAGCUGCUGCCGCGGCAGCAGCAGCAGGUGGAAGCGGAGCAGCAGGAGGUGCUGAAGGGGAGUUAUUACGUCGUGGUUUAGUACGUAUGGAAGAAGAAGAUGAGCAACAACAACAACAGAAACCUGUUCCUCAUGAAUUAAAACAAUAUUAUCCAACAGCAGAAGAACCAGAGACAAGAAGUAUGCAGAAACAGCAGCAGCAGCAGGAAACAGACGAUGCUGCAGCAGCAGCAUCAGGUGGAGGAGAUACUGCAGCAGGAACAGAUGCAGCAAACAAUAAAGAUGGUCAACAGGACACCCCAACUGUUACAAACAUAACUUCCUUCAGUAAUGCCAGUACCAACAACAACAACAGCAGCAGCAACAGCAGCAGCAGCAGCAGCAGCAACAAUGAUGAUGAUGAAGAUGAUGGUCUAAAUGAGACCCUUGAGACCCUAUGCAGUGUUCGUGGAUUACCCCGUCUUGUGAUUUCCCCAAGAAAUAGGAAUUUAUUGUUUGCUAUGAGUCAAUUUUCUUUUGUAUUUACUGUUGAAUCUUUUGCUGCUCUUUAUUUUGAUUCUUAUGUAUUUAAUCCAACAGCAACAGCAGCAACAACAGACAACAAUGAUGAUUAUCCUGCUAAUAGCACCAGCAGCAGCAGCAGCAGCAGCAGCAGCAGCAGCAAGAAUGGUAAAAAUAGCAGCAAAGAGGCUUUCUUUGGUGGUAUACCUGUUCAGCAAUUGAUGGAGACAGAGAUAUUACAGCAGCAGCUGCAGCGUGAAUCUAACAACAGCAGCAACAGCAACAGCAACAGUAGUAGUAGUAAUAAGAAAAAGAAACAAAAAGAACAAGAACAACAACAAGAAGAAAUAAAAGAAAUAAAUAAAUAUUUGCAUGCAGAGGAUAUUUAUACAAAGUUAGAAUUAUUUGAGAUUUCUCUUUGGGGGGAUUUCUAUCGAGAUCCACAAACUAAUAAAAUUGUAUCUGCACCUCCUUAUCCUCAACAGCAGCAGCAACAACAACAACAGCAGCAGGAGCAGCAGGAGGAUACGAUGUGUUAA